AUGGUGAACAAGGUACUAAUGGCGUUCAUCGCCGCCGACGGGUUGUUCGUUUCGAUGGGUGCUAUCAUGUUGGGCUUCAGCAUCAUCGUCCAGCAAACGUGCUUCGAUCCGCCGACCGACGGAGAAGGAGCCGCCCGCGAUCUCCUCUACCAGAAAUUCCCGUUUACAGCGGGGAUUGUCAAUGCCAUCUUCACGUUCGUCGCCUUCGCGGCCACGCUCCCGGCGCUAGCCACGAACAACCGGAGUUGGCUGAAGCUGGCUGCCUACCUGAUCGUCGUCGAUGCCGUCUUCACCAUGGGCAUCGGCGUUGACCUGUGGAUCGUCACCCUGAAGAUGAAGGAGAGGUUCUUCUCCAUUUGGAUCUCGCAACCGCCGGCCGUCCAGGAGCUCAUGCAGGCAUCCUUCCAAUGCUGCGGCUUCUUCAACAGCACAUCGCCCGCGUUCGUCACCAACCCGACGUGCCCGAGCCCCGCCGACGCCGCCCUGAUGCGAGGCUGCGCCGCGCCUCUGACCUCGUUCGGCAGCACCUUCGUUGACAACAUCUUCACUGCCGUCUUCGGCAUGGUCGGCAUCGAUACCCUCCUCAUCAUGGCCAUCGCCUGUGUGCUCAAGGAUCGCAAGGAGCGCGAACGCUUCCGCCACAUCGACGAGAAGAGCGGUGCCCGAGGCACCUUGUAA